UUCGUCUCCUCUUUAUAUUUCCUAAGAGCCGGUGAGUUGUAAACUGAAGUAAAGUCCAUAAAGUCGAGAAAAUGGAAACGCACUUGCAGUCGCCGAAAUCACAAAAUGCUGUCCUGGAAUCGCAAAAUGAAUUAUUUGAUUUCAUUCGUAAAACGCUUGCAAAAGAGGAAAAGUUGCUAGAUCCCGAUCUCACCCAAUUAAUCGUGGCCAUUGAUGAGUUUUUACUCCGAGAAAAAGAGAGUACAGAGACAAAGAAGGAGAAGUUUUCCGAGAACAAGCAUUUGAGAAUCUUAGACAAAUGUGGGAAUACGAUCAAAUUAGUUGGCGAGAAGGUAUCGAUCUUUUGUGAGAAAAACAUCAAAGUAGGUAUAGAAGUUUUAGAAGGUAUUGGAAAAUGUCAUCGGGCGGCAGUUGGUCUCGUACUGGUGGCCUCAGUUUUAGAAAAGAUGGAGACAAAAAAAAGAAACAAGAAAGAGUGCGUGAUGCUUCUCAAGUCCAUGAAUGAUUUAGCCAAAAUAGUGUUGGAGCUCCAGCCUCUUCCUCACGAAACAGUUAAGACGCAAGCCAAAAUGAAGGAAGCUAUCCAUACGAUAAUCCAUGGAGCAAUCACUUGUUUUACAGUUUUGCAUAAGAAUGGGAUGACUUACAAGACGCUUGCAGUUAUGCAUUUAAAUGUAGUAUGCGGAUGUAUCUCAGUGUUCUACAAUAUGGAGAAUGGCUCUUGCGAAGGGUGCAAGCAAAUGCAUUGGGAGUACAUGCCAUGGAACGAUCGUGUUCCAGUACGAAUUUCAGAACCCUCGAUGACUUUCCAUGGACACAUCAAUGACAGGGACCUUGACCAACUAUUUCUUUUGCACAACCCACAACUGAAAAGAGUAGUCAAAGAUUUCAUUGGUGAGGAGAUUUUGUCCCCUCAAGCCAAAAGAAUUCUCUUUCCCUAUCAACUCCUCAGGUUUUCUGUCCAACACUCUGGACCUCUUGCAAUUGAUCCCUUUGCUUGA